AUGAGUGUGGCCGUCCCCGAAGCAACAACUGAGAAGGCAGGAUCCAUCCAGGCAAUAGACAGAGGAUCGGUUCAUCGUAUAUGUUCAGGACAAGUCGUUCUUACGCUGGCCAUUGCUGUCAAGGAACUGGUUGAGAACAGUGUAGAUGCUAGAGCAACAAGUGUUGAGGUGAAACUGAAGGAGUAUGGCAGUGAAAGUAUUGAGGUCAGUGAUAACGGAACAGGAGUGGAGGAGAAGAACUUUGAGGGACUCACCUUAAAGCACCACACGUCUAAGCUGCAGGACUUCGGGGACUUGGUUGGAGUGGAGACAUUUGGUUUUAGAGGGGAGGCUUUGAGCUCUCUCUGUGCUUUAAGCAAAUUAUGUGUUGUUACCCGUCAUGAGGAUGCAAGUGUUGGGACAAGACUAGAGUUUGAUCAUCAUGGGAAGAUCUGCAGCAGGGCACCAUGCCCUAGACAGAAAGGAAUGACCGUGAUUCUACAAAACCUGUUCUCGACACUGCCAGUGCGACAUCGAGAGUUUCAGCGAAGUCUGAAGAAGGAGUUUGCCAAGAUGAUCCAGGUUCUCAAUGCCUACUGUCUGGUGACGACCGGGGUCAGGAUAUCCUGUACCAACCAGGCUGGGAAAGGGAGCCUGGACAACGCUACUAACGUCAGCUCAGCCUUAGACGUCCCUGAAGGAGCCGCUAAGAAUUCUCCACGCAGAAGCAGAUCGAAGCGUUCUCCAGAACCCUACAGACGUCGUAGAUACGGGUCAUCAUCACCAUCGGACUCAGACGCACAUCGGAACCUGCACGCAGGCACUCCACAUCUUACAGAGGGGAAACUACGCCUAAGAAUCAACCUUCACGAAGGCCUAGAGAGAGAUCUCAAGACUCCAGGAAGGAUACACGAUCACAUCGAUCGCUCACCUGCGCACAGCAGUUCGCCAUACAGAUCUUCAUACAGAGACUCACACGCCGUCGUGGAUCGUCAGAGCGGGAGAUGUCUAAAUCAGAGGAAGAAGGUGAAGUCAUAUUCUCCGAUACGGAAGUAA